AUGAAGCUGCAGGCUGUCAUGGAGAACCUGCACAGGCAGCAGAGGGCCAAGCUGCUGAUGGAGCAGCAGCUGCAGCAGCAAGCUGCUGCCCAACUCACUCAUGUCCGCACAGGUGAGGGAGGAGGGGAUGAGCCGAUGGGAAGCCCGGCCCCUGAGGCAGAGCAGGCCCAGAUUGCAGCGCUGGCAGCCAUGCGAGCGGCGGCGGCCGGGUUGCAAAGAGUGUCGGACAGCCCCAUGUCAGAGCGCAGUAGUGGUGGUGAGGAGGAAGAUGAUGACAAUGAGGACGGAGAGGAGCAAUACAAGGACAUGAUGGGGUCAGACGAGGAGGAGCAGAUCAAACAGAAAUGGGACGAGGAGGACUUUGAAGGCGAGAUGGAAGAAGACUUUGAUGAUGACCUGGCGGAGGAAGGUCUGCCGACGGGUCACAAUGCUGUGGUUCCUGGGAAAGGCAUCCUCUUGCUACCCCACCGCCAGCUCCACCCCCACUCCCAACUACUGAAGGCUCGUCCCAGUGUCGACCAAGAGCCACGCGUUGCCAUCCUGCCUCCCCAUGCCACACACAGCCACCUGGGGGGACAGGACCAUGGAGAAUGGACCUAUGAGGAGCAGUUCAGACAGCUGUAUGAACUGGAUGGAGACCCAAAGAGGAAAGAGUUUCUGGAUGACCUCUUCAGCUUCAUGCAGAAAAGAGGAACUCCUGUGAAUCGUAUUCCCAUCAUGGCCAAGCAGGUCCUGGAUCUGUACAUGCUCUAUAGACUGGUGACAGAGAAGGGCGGCCUGGUGGAGGUCAUCAACAAGAAGCUGUGGAGGGAGAUCACCAAGGGACUUAACCUGCCUACCUCAAUCACCAGUGCAGCCUUCACCCUCCGCACACAAUAUAUGAAGUACCUGUACCCGUAUGAAUGUGAUAAGAGGGGUCUGAGCAACCCCAACGAGCUCCAGGCAGCCAUCGACAGUAAUCGGAGGGAGGGUCGACGACAGAGCUUCGGCAGCUCCCUCUUCACAUACUCCCCCAAUGGGACGCCCACCAUGCUCUCCUCGCCCAAGAUCCCCAAUGUGGGCAUGACGGUGGGCACCAACGGGGCCUCGCUGACGCCCAUUCAGAAGAUCAAGAAAGAGGAGGGAGGCCAUCCACUGCAGGGGGGCGGUAUAGCUCGCUUGCCAGUGGGGGCGUUGGCUGGUCACUCGGUGGCUACUGUGCAGGCAGCAGCAGCCCAGGCGGCGAUGGCAGCUCAGGUAGCAGCUCUGGAGCAGCUGAGGGACAAACUGGAGGCCGGGGAACCACCAGAGAAGAAGAUGGCACUGCCAGCUGAGGAACACCACCGACUACUGCAGAGAGCACUGCAACACAACCUGCUGGCAAUGACCGCCCAGAUACCUAUGAACAUCCGCAUCAAUAAUCAAGACGGCAGGCAGGACUCGGCCCUGAACCUCACCACCAACGGCACAAGCAGCAUUAGCAUGUCAGUGGAGCUCAAUGGAGUCGUGUACACAGGCGUUCUUUUUGCUCAGGCAGCAGCAGGGUUGGCCUCUUCUGGUGCGUCCGUCUCCAACAAGGUCGCCAGCGGCCGUGUCGCUCCUCCACAGCAGCAGCAGCAGCAGCACACACCUACCUCAACCUCAACCUCCAGCAACCCAUUGUCUUAACAAACCCUCAGUCCCCCCACCCCCGACUCCCUCUUUUUUAUUACCACGCUAAGUAAAGCCAAAAAUCAACCUCAUUUUCUACAGAAUCUAUGCCAAAAAGAGAAGAACCGUAAACCGUACGCAAAGACACAAACUGAAACUCAAAUCACUUGAAGUACACUAUCUCAGGUUUUCUCUCACCAAUUCACCUCUUUUGUUCUUCACAGCCAAAAUGAUUUUUAAAAAAAAUCCCAACUUAGAGCCAGUAUAUGCUAAACAAAUAUGUAUGCACAUCCUGUGAAUUAUUUAUUUCUGCAUAAAUGUACAGACUAUCGGAGAACAAAAGAGAAAGUAAUAACUAGGAAGGGUAAUGCACUGUUUACACACACAUACACAGCUACUGACUGACAGCGAUGUUUUAUCCUCUAGGGGAGAGAUUUUUUUUUAAAUUUUAUUUUACCUUUUCAUUGUCAUUAUUAUCAUUAUUGUUAUUCCUCAUUAUUGUGUUUUAUCAUUUAAAUCUUUAACAAUCCUCUCACUGCAGGAAAAAAAUCUAUAUAUUUAGAAUUCUAUGAAAAAAAAAAGAUAUGAAUAUCCUCUAUUUUUAAUCAGAAAAGCUUUAAAGGUAUAUGUUGUUUCUUCAGGGCAUAUAACAAUGUACCGUUGUGACCUCAUUUUGUGUAAAACCUUAUAACCUUA